UGAAAAGGACCACAGCUCGCCAACCAGAGACAUCGGUGUGGCGCCCAGAGCCUGUGCUUAGGAUAUGCGACGGGAAGCCCUUGCUACAGCGCAGACAGUGGCCCCGCGGCGCCGGGGAGAGCCAGGCGAAAGCAGGCUGAUUCUUCGGAGGAAUCAUCUCUGACUGUGUCUUCACUCUGAACUCCCACUGCUUCUUCACUCUGAACUCCCACUGCUUCCAGCAGGAACACCACUCAAGGGAGAGCUCUGGCGUGUUUUUGGAAAGAAAUUCCAUGGGGACUGUACCUGAUCCUCUGAGAUCCACUAAAACUUCCCUGAUUGCAGCUUCUUUAAAAGAGGAGGCUCAAGGAGAGCUGCAGGCUUCCUUAUCUCAGUGCCGACCAGCUCAACCGGGAAAGAAUACCAAUGGCCUGGCAAGUGCCCCUGCAGAACCAAGCCUCAGCCCCAGCACUGCUGCUGAGGCCAUGAUGCAGGCUUGUGAGCAUGAGACCACCCAACCAGACAUGUCUGCUCCUGGUGUCUUCAAUGAGGUGGAGAAAGCAUCUCCCACACACAAUUCUCCUGGAGAUCCCCAACUGCUGGAAAGCAGAGAGCCCACAGCACCAGCCCCGAGCCCUACGGCAGCAAAGGAUCUUGUACACAGACCAUUUACAAUGCCAGCCAAUCAGCACACCCACCAGGCCAUCCCAGGUGAUCGGCCCAAUGCCAGCGCCUCAUCAGAACCUGAAGAUUCCUUGGUGAAAUCUCCGAGAACCUUGAAUGGAGCCCAAACGGAGAAGUCAAAUUGUCCUGCAGGGGGCACCUGUGGCAGCAGCAAAGAUCAGGCAUCCUGUGAUUUUCCUUCUCAAGCAACGAUUCAGGGAAUGGUACAGAGCACAGCAGCCGAGGUGUUCAGUCAUUCUUCCCCUCCUGCAGGUGGGCCUGAAGGGGACAGGCAGCAAGCCAUCUGCCACUCCGCAACGAGGUCCUGUGAGCCUCCAGCAAGAGAAGAUGGAUGUUCAGAGAACAAACAACCAUCUGCCACUGCCUCAGACACCCAAGGUACAUCAUGUGGGACACCUCAGCUAUCCCAUCUCGCUAGAGAAGUUUCAUCACAUACACUAGAUCCAGAGAAGGCACUGCGGCCAACACAACAGGUGUCGAGGUUCAAAGAAGCCAGUACCAUGACCAACCAAGCUGAAAGUGAGAUCAAGGAGGCCCCCAGCAAGGUUCGUCAAGAUGCCGAGGUGCAGGCGGUGGCCAGCGUGGAAAGCAGAUCGGUCUCCACUAGCCCCAGCAUCCUGGCGGCUUUCUUAAAGGAAACCCCUGCUGCUGAGUGCUUGGAACAUCAAGAGCAGCUGCGUGUCCUUUGCCAGGGAAGUGGCACUGGCAGCCACAUGUUGGAGCUCUCUAACAGCAUACAAGCCCCCCAGGAGGCAGGGCAGGGCUGUGGCAUCAUGGCUCAGGUGCACAUCCAGACAGCUGCACCUGUCUCUACAGCUUUCCAAGGGGAACUUAAAGGAGUAAGCCUACCAGAGCAGAUCCUGAAGACCUCACCCAUCAGCAGGGCCUGCCGUCAGGCCCAGGAGACUUGUAAAGAAGAUGGGAGACCAGCAGAAGAGACUCCAUUGAGGGAAGAGUCAACCUCUAGACAGCUUUCAGAUGCUAAUUCCAGCUCCCUGAAAGCUAGCCCCAUUGACCAGAUUUCUAGCAGUGCAGGUAGUCAGUCUAGAAUAAACCAGGAACUGGGGACCUCUGAAGCCAAGACAUCUGAUCACAAGACUGAUCCAGACUACAAACGAUCGGACUCCUGCAGCCCUGAGAGCAAAGAGGACCAGUCCAGGAGUUUGGAGGCCACGAGUAAAGGAGGUCCAAAGGAGACAAAGUACAAGUCUCCUCCGAUAGUAAAAGAAAAGGAGCCUGCGGGCACCGAUGCUCUAGAUGCCAAAACCCUACUGCUCAAUCCCAAAGCUCAAGAAAACGGAGGCUCAGGAUCAGCUGCCAAUCCCAUACCCUCCCCAAACAGAAAGAACCAGGAGGGCGUCUUAGAGGAAAACCGACAGAGCAAGACAGCCACCAGCCUGAGCCUACCCCCGGACGCCAUGGGGGACUCCAGCCCAGGUUCUGGCAAGAGGACCCCUUCUCGCUCGGUCAAAGCCAGCCCUCGCCGGGCCAGCCGGGUCAGCGAGUUCCUCAAGGAGUUGAACGUGACAGCAGCUGCUGCUCAGGUGGGGCUCACACCGGGAGAGAAGAAAAAGCAGCUAAGCACAGAGGCCAAACUCCAGCUGAAGCAGUCCAAGCGGGUCAAGGACGUGGUGUGGGACGAGCAGGGCAUGACCUGGGAAGUGUACGGGGCUUCCCUGGACCCGGAGUCCCUGGGGAUCGCCAUCCAGAACCACUUACAGAGACAAAUUCGGGAACAUGAGAAAUUAAUCAAAACGCAAAGCGACCAGACCCGGAGAUCCAUUUCCUCAGACACUUCCUCCAAUAAGAAGCUGAAAGGGAGGCAGCACAGCGUUUUCCAAUCCAUGCUGCAGAACUUCCGUCGCCCCAACUGCUGUGUUCGCCCUGCCCCUUCUUCUGUGUUAGAUUGAAAGGGGACACCUAUGGAGGUGGGGGGUGGGGGUCCGCGUAUGCACAUAUGGUAUCAUAUGUGUCUGUCUAUGUCAAAGCCUAAGUUGUUUUCUGAGAGACCAAGAAGAAAAAGCAAGUAUUAACUAUAGGAAAUUGCUAUUAAAAAUCGUGGGAUCCCUGGAGGGUUCAUAAAUAAAGAUGCCAUUUCAAUGGGAAAGAAAGAACAAGAGAAGCAAGCUUCACUGCAGAUUUGCAACCCUAAUUAAGUGGAAAUCAUAUUCACUGUUUUUUUUUUAAACUAUGACAUUGCUUAUAGAAAUAACAAUACCGUUAUACAUGCGUCAUUUUGUAUUACUGCCUCAAUGUGUAUCACAUGAUGGUAUUUGCAUUAAAAUCCCUACUUUAUAUUAAAAAUAGCAAAAACACUAUUAGCAAAAACGUUAUGAUUUCUAGUCCUAUUGAAAUAAGAAUGCUGUUACCACACAAAAUCUAAGUAGGUAAUAAGAACCGUAAUGUAAAAAUUUGAGACAAAAUUUUUACAUAUGUAAAAUACCAAAUAUGAAUUAGUAUUUGAAAACAUCUGCAGAUAGCCCUUUUCAUACACCUUGUAUAGCUUUUAGAAAAUAUAAGUUAUGUGAGGAGAAUUAGCUAAGGCUUUAGAUAUGAAUACUGUCCAAUUACAUCCAACAUGGACUUACAUAUACACAUGUUCCUGCACAGAAGGCAAGGUGCAUCUCUGUGAGGCUAACCAAAUUGAAUUCAUAUUUUCUUACCCUAAAGGAGGCAUAUGGAACUAGAUUCUUGAGAAGAGUCAUCACAUGAGAGAUAAUAGUAAAUUUUAUGUGAUACAGAAGUUCUCCAGUGAUAUUCUACUGAAUUAUAAGGUUCUGGAAAGGAAUUAUAAAUAGCAGAUUACCAAAAUCUGUUUUAUCUGUGUUGAUAAAAGGAAGAGCCUUUAAGUAACAAAAACUACAUGUUUCAUCUGUAUUCAUGUAAACAGCAUAAAAUUUUUGGCUUUCUUUUGAUUUGGUUCAGUAGUUUCUAACAGCAAAUGUGGUCAACACCAAAGGGAACAGAAGUUCUCUUACAUGUAGACAAAUAUCACCUGUUUAUCAUCUGGAGUAAAAAAAAAAAAAAUAGGUAACUUUUUUAUACUUUUGAUUUUAAGAGAAAUACCAUCAUAUCUCAACCUUCAAAGCCAACAAAAAAAGAGGUCAAUGUAAGCAUGGUUUGAGUUUGGAGUAGGAUAUUCCUUGAGAACAUUGGCAUCUAUCUGAGCUCAGCACUCACUCCUCUCUAGAAGAGGAGGGUAUCCCUGAAACAUAGGGGCAUCCUCCAAGACACUGGCCAGAGGCCACCAGCAGCUGCUUUCUUUGACUAAUGGAAAGAAGAAUGCAUUAGUCAAGGCCCUAGGAACCCUUCCCUUCCUGGAUUCAUCAUAGGGCCUCCAUCUUGCCCUUAGAAAAUUUGACUGCUAGAUGUUGGAGUGGUACUGGUUGCCUUCUCUAAACUCAUUCCCCAGAUGAGACAAAAAAAAGAAUAUUUGACCAUGCAAUUUUCUUCAAAUACCAUUGGUACAGUCAAUUCCCAUUAUCUGUUUUAGCUUAUUUCAAUUUAAUUCUUCUUUGCAGGUUCUGAACAUGAGGGGGGAAAAAUCAUACCUAAACUCUACCCUGUGUGCAACCUACACUGGGAACUAACUAAAUUACUAAAAAGCUUUGAUUUCUUUCAAAGCAAUUUAGCCGUAUAUACAGCCUGCAUAAGAAGACCACAGUGACAGCCUUCUUGGAGCCUGAGAAUGGUAAUUACAGUUGUUAUGCUUGGAACUUAUGAUGAAUUUUUUAAUAAGGCACAUUUUUUAGUUUCUUACUCAUUGGCCUCUUUUAAGAACACUAUCUAAAGUAGAAAUUAUCAUCAAAUUACAUUUAAUGAUUAGAGAUUAAGUCUAAAAUUCUCUCUUCUGGACUUAAGCACCUAUUUGUCUCAGAUAACUUGGCCACAACUAUUCUGUCUCCUCUUUCUCACUGGCCAUUUCUAUCACAUGAUGGCACACUUUGCUGUGUAUACACAGAGUACACCCUGUGCACACAGGAGCAGCUGUCAACAGCACCUACUCCAGAUAGGUGGGCCCCAGGUAAUCCUCUGCUGUGAAGUGGCUAGAACAGGCUGUUCCUGUAUUAACAUAGGAGAGAAGAAAAAUUCAAAAUCCGGCAAUAAUAUUUACUUUCAUGAGAUUAGAGUAACCACACGAUUUAUAAAUAAUGAGAUGAAGCAGAGAUCUAAGAGAAAAACAUUGGUAUUUGUCACACAUUGUUAAUCAGAACCACUCAAUUUGGUAUUGUAGUUGUGCCUCUCAAACUAAAACUUUAAUCAAAAAUGUUUGCUGUAGUAAGUUUGGUUUUCUUUGGUGCUAGAACUAAAUUCUUGAUUUCUCAACACUCUACAAAUGGUCAUAAGAUAGUUCAAAACCUUGUUUGUUUUGUUCUUAUCAAAUUUUAUAGAACUAGCAGCUUUUAGAAACAGUAACAGGAAUAUGUCAUCAAAUAGAUAUAUGAGAUGGGAGGCUAUUUAAGAUAGUGUUUUUUACAUUUUAGUACCUACCCUAAGCUACUCUCAAAAUAAAACCAUGUUUGAGAUUCUUCCUUACAUCAGUCUGUGACACAGAAUUAGGUAUUUAGUAUGUCAUUUGGGAUGUCUUGGAUUCAUUCAACAAAGGAAGUUGAAAUAUAAUAUAAUCCUGGUGGACUUUAAACUUGCUCAAUCAUUCCUUGCUUCACCUGCAUGAUACCCACUGAGUUAAAAGUUGUUUGUGUUUGUCCUUAAUUUCUUUUAAUGUGAUUUGUCCAUUUUAAUACACUCUACUUUUAGAUUUUUAGAGAGGAAAUAUUUUAUUCAAUUGAGAAAUAGAAAAUAUCCCUAAGCCAGUAAUAAAAGAAGUGAGUUAGAACUUAGUGUCUGGCAGGUCAUUCAACAUUUAAAGUGUGAAGAUGUUAUACCACUUACCAAAUGAACACUAGAAUUUUUAUUUAAGUAUUAAUUUUUCUAGGUUUAUUAUCAUAAGAAAAAUAGCAUUGCUUCACUGCCACAUGUUUAUCUUGAAUGCCUUUCUAAUCAUGUCUUUUUGAAUUACUGGCUUUUGAUGCCACAGACUAGCUACUUUAUAUACAAUAAAAUCCUGAUUAACCUUUCUGUUUUGAAUUAGUAGCAUAAGUUGAAUAUUUUUAAGUAGAGGUUAACCAGAAACCUUUUUGUUUGUGUCCAAAAUGAAGUGUUGGUAAAAUGGAUUACUAUGUUUUCUACCUUAUAAAUUCCACUAUAUUGAAUAUAAUUUGACCUUUGAUAAUUUUUUAGUCUUGAGAAUCAUCUGAUACUCAUUAUUCGGGGUACAAAUAUUCUCCAUGUUAUAAGUUAAACAUAAAAAUUGAAAUAAAUAGGACUGAGUACAUAUAUGUAACAUAAACCCUACAGGUUAGAUUUUGAAACCAAAUCUUGCAACCUUAAGGGAAAAAGCAAAAGAAGAAAUUGUCAUUUGGUUGUAUCCCAAAGUAUUGAGAUUUUACUAUUCCUAGCUUAUACUAAUAUUAUUCCUUUCAUUUUAGGGAAUUUCUGCCAUGCUGGGAAUGGUUGUAUAUAUAUAACACCAAGAAUAGAAUAAACAGUGACUUUAAAAUUUGUUUACAGAGGAUAUAUACAAUGUGCUGUUAAUGUAACUUGUCUGGCCUUUGCUAUAUUCACUCUAUUACUGUUUUGUUGCCAAAAUGUGAGGAAUUAUUGUCUUUUUUUCCUCCUACAUAUUGUGCAAGUAUUAAAGAAAUUGUCCACCUCUGGUACCACGGAAUUCACCAUAUUCCUUGUGAACUUUUCCAGAACCAGUAUAAAGAAAAAUAAUAUAUUAGGAUAGGUUUGCAUAUAUGUGUGUGUGUACUUGUGUGCGUGUGUGCUUAUUGAAAAUUGGGCACCUGUAGACUUGUAUAGACCUCGUACCUGCCUGAUUGACUAAUUCUCCACAAUGCUCCAUGGAGAUGAAGCUGUGUACUCUCUCCUCCUUUGUCCUGAGUGGUGUUUGAGAAACGAAGCUUGUGAGUUUCCUUCUGUGAUAACACAGUGAGCUCAGCAGCAUCUGAGAUGAGUGAGCGGAUCACCUUGUCCAGCCCUUGUUUUGUCUACCCAGUGAAUCAGAAGUCUCCACAUCCACUCCAACUUUUGCUUUUCACAUUCAUCUGAGCAUUUUGUUUUCUGUGAGCAGUGUUUCUCAAUGUCAUAUGUAGCCCUUUGGGUUGAUUCUCUCCAAAUGUAGGUUAGCUGCUGCCACCUGGCAAAUAACAGGCAGUUUACUGAAUCUCCUGUCCAUCCUGUAACUGUAUCCUCCUUAAUGAAAUUCUGCAACUGGCUCAGUAAUUACAAAUGUCAUCUGUGCAGACACAUGGGCUUAAGAAUAACAACACAAUUUUGAACACUUUUGCAAAAGGGAAAAAAAUAGUCUUAUAAAUACUGAAACAAAUUUCUAUGAACUUUAUCCUGAUCUUGGGGGGAAAAAAAAGUUUUCUCCUUGGCUACAGAAAUUGAAUAAGCAAUGACCAAGGAUAUAAAUAAGGAUGAACUGAGAUUGGAAAAAUUCUGUCUCACAAGUAAUCAGUGACAUCUGCCAGAGGUCAUCACAGCUACUUUUAACUGUGAAUACUCACCAGCUAAACUACUCACUUGCCACAACCAAAUAACCUCUCUCAAAGUAAAUCCAAUACACCUGUAUAUAUGUGUAGAUGGAAACAACAAAGAGUCCUGAAAUAUUACUUUUGGGCUACUGGGAAAAUUAAGGUGAUGAUAAUAUAAAAGACAUUCAAAUAACCAUGAGAUUUGGUGAAAUGACUCUGGGGGCCAGAAUGGUGCAACAAGAUGUUAUUUACAGUUUUUUUUAAACAGAUAUCUCAGAUACUAAUCACGAGAAUAAAGACUGUUGAAUAUGAAAUUAAAGCCAAGCAAUAAUGUGCCAAAAAGAGGCAGUUAUACCAGCAAGUGCAUCUGUUACAGGCACACUGUUAUAUAACUAUGGUUUGCUCUACAAAGACUUGACUAUAACCCAGAGGAUAAAAGAAAUGAAGGCAUAAUUUCUGCUUUCUUGUUGAGUAAACUUGUUUAGGAAUUCCAUAAAGAGGUGUAGCACUAGUGAGCAUAAGUAGAGACACAGGCAAUAUGUCUGUUUUCAUGCCAGCCAAGAGAGAAGAGGAGCCACUAAAAGGUUUGCUGUCUUAAAACUCAAGACAACGCCAUCCAGAAACUUCUGUCAUGUGAAGGGGAUAAACUUAUGGUAAUUCCUCUUCCUGGACCCUAGCACGUUCAAAAGCAAUUUUGUCAACUCUGCCCAGAGGAUCGCCCAUCUUAGCUAUGAAAAAUGGGUUCCCAGAUGUAAAGUCACUAAAACAUGAGGACCUGUAUCCAAAGGGGCCACAAAUAAUGCCUUACAGAAAAUGAUGCUCCAGAUGGUUAUUUCUAAAUACCAAUUCUUCAAGUGUCUUUCUGGGUUGAAGUUCAAAAGAUUAAUUGGCUGCAAAAAAAAAAGUAUUAAAAUCACAUAUUUUUUCUUUGGAAAAAGAUACUGGUAAUCAACCAAUAAGGUGAUAAUUAUAAGAGAUACCCUACUGAUUUAAGUAUGUUAGGGAAAAUUAAAUGGGAUAAAAAUACUAACUUCUUUCUUGAUUUUUUAAUAUGUGGAGAUGUCAUCAAUUUAUUUCUGGGGAGAAAAUUAUAGCUUACUUUUUGACAUUAUUGCUAGUAUUGCUCUUUGUUACUUUAAAAAUUAAAUUGUCUCUUCUUUAGGAAAAAAAAACCUUUUUAACAGUUAAUUCUUUCAGAUUCCUAUCACUGCUUUUAAUAACAGUAAAGGCUAUGUGUAGAGCAAACUAUAGAAAAUGAGUAGAAGGGAUUUACCCAUAUUAAUCAGUAUCCUUAAUGAUUUUAGUUUAGAUUCCUUAGCAUUUAUUUUCAACCACAUCUUAUGAGCAAAUUGUUUUCUAUCAUGUCUUAAAAUGAUGCUGGUAAAUCUGGAGAUUGCAGUAUUAUGAUCUUACUCCUCAAUCCCAGGAAGAGAGGAGAGACUGUUUCUGACUUUAAGGGCAUCUAGAGAUACCUUUCUCUCGAGGUUGAAAGAGGUCAGUAUGACCUGACAACUCAAAAAAAAAUAUCUCUUAGCAAUUACUAAAUUUCUCAAUGUAUUUAUCUCUGCUGUACUAAUGUGUGAACAAUAUGUUGUGCAUAAUGGCGUUGCUGCUGUGGUAUGUCAGUGCAUUCCAUAAGUGUAUACAGUCUGUAAGUGAUUGGCUUGCUAUUUUUAUGUGUAGAAAAAAAAUAAAUAACAUGCCAUAUCCCAUUUAAA